AUGAAGCAGAAACUACUCCAGAUACGAGAGGCACAGAAAGCCGUCAUUACUGCCCAGCUGAAAAAGAUUGAAGAUGUAAAAAGUAGCGAUGUCGACAUGGUGGAAUUCGACACGAUUCUUGAGGCAGUAGAGGCUAAGUUCAAGUCACUGGAAGGUACUAAUGAAAAGAUACUAGCGCAAACUGAUGGCGAAGAUUUACUAACUGAGAUGACUGAGACCGAUGAUUACAUGCUGAGCGUAAAAAUUCAGAUCAAAAGUCUUCAAGCUUUUAAGAACAACCGCAAAUCUUCCACACCAUCUAUCAAAGCCGCAACUACCGCCAGUAUUGAUGUCCAGCCUACCAGGUCCAGUAUCCAACCUACAGGGUUCAGUUUCCAUCCUUCAGAGUUCCGUGUCCAGUCUGCGGAGGGUAUCCGGUCUACAGAGUUGUAUCCCACUGACGUCUGCCCUGGAGAACCAUUCAGCAACGCAAGCGCUCAGUCACAGAGUAUAGCCACAGACAGAGUACAGUAUACAUGCCAACCUGUAAGUUAUGCUUCUGUUAAUUCUACAAACUCGUCCAUUUUCCAUAGACUACCGAAACUUACGCUCCCUACUUUCAACGGGGAUACUUUACGUUGGCAAACGUUCUGGGACUCAUUCGAAUCCACCAUACAUCUAAAUUAUAAUCUAACUGAUGUGCAAAAGUUCAGCUACUUGCAAUCUCAGCUUGAAUCUGAAGCAGCCAAUACCAUUGAAGGUUUUACGCUGACCAAUGCAAAUUAUGCUCGAGCGAUAGAUUUACUGAAAGAAAGGUAUGGUCGCCGACAAAAAACUACCCACGUCACUAUGCAAGCCCUUCUUCAGCUUCCAGCCCCGACAAAUAGUAUCCAUACCUUGCGCAGUUUCUACGAUAAAAUGGAAUCGUAUAUCCGUAGUCUAGAAUCCAAUGGUCAGUAUCAGGACACGUACGGCAACUUACUAGUUCCCAUAAUAUUAGAUAAGUUACCAGGAGAAGUACGACGUAACCUAGCCCGAGAGCACGGCGACGGUGACUGGCAGUUACUAGAUCUACGCAAGGCAAUAUCCAGGGAAAUAAACAUAUUAGAUGCAGGCGGUCCUAUAAGUCAUCAGCCGGAAGUAGACAUGUAUGGAUCAACAUCUUCGUUUUAUACAGGUACAAAGACGAAACGAACUGCGCCAGUUUCUUCCAACCCCAUGAUUCCCCCUAAAAGAUCACACAGAAACCCAGUAAAGUGUGCCUUCUGUCAGGAAUCACACAGUUCCAUAGAUUGUACCAAGUACCCUGACGUCGCAUCCAGACUAGCCGUCGUAAAAAAGAAUCGACUAUGCUUCAACUGCCUUGGUUCACACAUGAUGUCCAGAUGCAAGUCACCUCGUACAUGUCAGAAGUGCCACAAGAAGCAUCACACAAGUAUUUGCCAGCCAGAAAACGCCCCACAACCUAGUAGACCUACACAGACUCACAGUGACCCAAAGGCACCAGCUCAAGCGUCCUAUCCCCAACCGAAAGUUACGAUGCACGCAUCAUCAACCCAAAAAUCCCUAUCCGGAGUUUUACUGAAGACAGCCAUCGCCCCUAUAUGUUCCAGAGAAAACCAUUCAUUAGACGCUACUAUCCUAUUUGAUGAAAGAUCACAACGAUCGUACAUAACACAGUCGUUAGCGCAAGAAUUACAACUGCCAAGGGAGACAAUCGAGUCAAUUUGUUUGUCGGCAUUUGGAGGGAGGAGUGACGGAGUUCAGCACCUUGAUACCACCACGGUCUACCUGAUAACAGAUUCUAAGCAAAAGAUCCCUAUCAAAACUAUUAUUGUCCCGACCAUAGCAAAUCCCAUUACUAAUCACCUGAAAGAUUCCACGGUUAAUUUAUCAUACUUACGUGGUCUUAAGUUAGCCCAUCCAGUGAGCAGUGACAGUUGUUUUAACAUAUCCCUACUCAUCGGCGCUGAUUUUUACUGGGAUAUUGUUGAAGAUGAGGUACGACGUGGAGAUGAUGAAAUCCACAGCCAAGAGAAAUUCUGGAAGCUAGAGAGCACGGGUAUCGCCGAUAGUACCGAUGACGAGAAGAUCACAGACUACCUUGAGAAUUAUCAGCAGAAUGCCAUUCAGUAUAGCAAUGGGAGAUACACUGAACAGUUAACAUGGAAACAAGACCAUCCUCCACUUCCCACAAACUACCAAAUUAGCAAACGCAGAACCGAGAACACUAUCAGGCGACUAAGUGCAGAGCCAGAGAUACUGCAGAAGUAUGGCGAGAUCAUCGCAGAACAGGAAAGAAGAGGCUUUAUAGAGAAAGUUGACGAAGAUUCCCAGACAACAAGAGUGCACUACAUACCCCAUAACCCAGUGAAAAAGGAUUCCUCUACCACCCCUAUCAGAAUUGUGUAUGAUUGCAGCUGCCGAAAAUCCCGUGAUGAGCCGUCCCUGAAUGAUUGCCUAGAAUCAACCCCGACAAUCCUGAACGAUUUGACUUCCCUUCUAACCCGAUCCCGGUACAACAGAUACGCAGUUACUACAGACAUUGAAAAGGCAUUUCUUCACGUGGGCCUGCACGAGAGUGACAGAGAUGUUACGAGAUUCCUAUGGCUACAGAACUCUAACGAUCCCUGCAGUCCCUUGAUUAUCUAUCGCUUUAAAGUUGUGCUAUUCGGCGCUACAUGUUCGCCAUUCAUGCUGAAUGCGACCCUCCUAAAGCAUCUGCGUUUGAACCCGAGACUCAAAGCAGCUACCAUUAUAGAGCGAGACCUCUACGUAGACAACGUAGUAUCCAUCUUUACAAAUGAAUUGGACCUCUUGAACUACUUCUGGGAAUCCAGAACACUGAUGUCCAACGCCGGAAUGAAUCUACGUUCCUGGACCUCUAACAGUGACAAUUUACGUCAUACCGCAAGUACCGUCGGCGUACCCGAUAGUGAUGAGUUUACCAAGGUCCUAGGCUUACGUUGGAAUCCCACUAGUGACAUGCUGUCAUUUUCCCCAAGAGUUAUUCCCCAACUAAACAAAGUGACAAAGAGAGCAGUCUUGAAGUAUACAUCCAGAAUUUAUGACCCACUAGGCCUGCUUAGCCCUGUAACCAUCAGAACCAAGAUUAUACUACAAGAUCUAUGGAAGAAGAGUUAUGACUGGGAUGUCCCGUUACCAGAAGAUAUACAGCACAUAUGGCAUACCCUUAGCCUCGAUUUGAAUUCCGCACAAACCAUGACCUUCCCCAGAUUACUGCUGCCUACCGCUAGUUCCGGAGUUGACAGGACCUCUGGGCAGUUACACGUGUUUGUAGACGCCAGUAUGGCAUCAUAUGGAGCCGCAGCGUACAUCUGCUAUAGCACCGACGCACGACUUGCCAUGGCGAAGAAUCGAGUGGCACCCCUCAAGAAACUCACACUACCACAACUAGAAUUGAUGGCUGCCUUGAUUGGCGCAAGACUAGGUUCCCAUCUACAGAAGUCGCUCAUGGUCACAGACAUUACAUAUUGGUCCGACAGCCAGAUCGUCCUACACUGA